AUGGAAACAAAGAUCAAGACAACGAAUGUGAACAAGACUGGUAACAAUCUGCCAACUAUUGGAGAGACCCCUGCUAGUAUCUCUAGCAUCUUACCUUCAGAGCAGGUUUCACCAUCUAAUGUGUCAGAUCUUACCAGAAUUUUGCCCAACAUUGUACAUCUAGAAGCUGGACCCCAGAAAAGGCGACCAGGCACUGCAAUAAUAUCAAAACGGUCAGAUUCUUCAAACAUGUCUCGGACACCACUGAAUCUGCCCGUCAUCCCUCCAAGAAGACCUGGUUUCAGGGUAUGCUAUAUCUGUGGCAGAGAAUUCGGGUCACAGUCUAUUUCUAUACAUGAACCCCAGUGCCUAGAGAAGUGGCAUAUUGAAAACAAUCAGCUACCAAGGCACCUCAGAAGACCAGAGCCCCGGAAACCUGAGGUCCAUACUGCUGGUUCACACAUGCUUACAGAUGAAAAUGAAGCAGCUUAUCAGAGUGCUCAAGCUCAGCUCCUGCCCUGUGGAAACUGUGGACGAACCUUCCUUCCCGACCGUCUUAUUGUGCACCAAAGGAGUUGUAGAGGAGGUAGUGGUGGUGUGAGACUCCCAAGCUCUGGAUCUGGCACAGCAAGUGUUGACCCAUCUAAGAUCCAUCAAGGAAAGAGGAGGGCUGCACCAGUCACAGUAGACAAGGCACAAGUGAUAAGACGGCCACCGACAGUGAUUUGUUACAUAUGUGGCCGUGAGUAUGGAACAAAAUCUAUUAGUAUCCAUGAGCCACAAUGCCUUAAAAAAUGGCACCAAGAGAAUGACAUGCUGCCCAAGCACCUGAAAAGGCCAGUGCCCAGAAAGCCUGAAGUCAGUCCCAUAAAAGCCAAAGGUUUCUAUGAUCUCGAUUCUUUAAAUGAGGCUGCCUGGACCAGCGCCCAGAACCAGCUAGUUCCAUGUGAUAUUUGUGGGCGUACUUUUCUUCCAGACAGACUGAUUGUCCACCAGCGGUCCUGUAAACCGAAACCUGCAAAGUGAAGUGGAUGUAACA